AUGGAUUUCAACAGCCUGAAAGACCAAGUGAGCAACUUGUCGCUCUACGACCUCAAGGCCGGUUUCCGGAAAGCCCAAAAUGCUGUCAUGAACUUCACCGAGAUGGAGUCGAAAGUGCGCGAGGCGACCAACAACGAGCCCUGGGGUGCAUCCUCGUCGCUGAUGCAGGAGAUUGCCAAUGCAACCUUCAACUACCAGCUGUUGAACGAAAUCAUGCCAAUGAUCUACAAGCGCUUCACAGAAAAGUCGUCGGAGGAAUGGAGACAGAUCUACAAGGGCCUCCAACUCCUCGAGUUCCUCAUCAAGAACGGCUCCGAACGGGUCAUCGACGAUGCGCGCUCCCACGUCUCGCUCCUCAAGAUGCUCCGCCAGUUCCACUUCAUCGACCAGAACGGCAAGGACCAGGGCAUCAACGUGCGCAACCGGGCCAAAGAGCUCGCCGACCUUCUCGGUGACGUCGACCGCAUCCGAACCGAGCGCAAGAAGGCGCGCGCGAACCGGAACAAGUUUGGAGGUGUCGAGGGCGGAGCGGGCAUGAGUGGGGGCUUCUCUUCCGGUAGCGGUGGAGGCGGUGGAAGCGGCAGCAGAUAUGGUGGGUUUGGCAGCGAACAGGCCGACUACGGUGGUUAUAGCGGGGGUGUCUUUGGAGACGGUGGAGGCUUUGGAGGAAACGAAUCUGGUUUUGCGGAUACGCAGCAACGAGGCGAUCGUUUCGAUGAAUACGACGAGUACGACGAGGGGGCGGCCACACAUGCGAGUCCCCAGCGGCGGAAGGAGCCUCCAGUCAGUGCGGCCAGAAAAGAGGUCAAGAAGGAAGCUCCCAAGCCAAAAGCACCAGAACCUGUGGCCGAUCUGCUGGCCUGGGAUGACGAGCCCGCGCCCGUAUCGAGCUCUGCAGGAAAGCAGCCCGUCAUUCCCGCUGCGAACGACUUUGGGGAUGACGAUGACUUUGACGACUUCCAGUCCGCCGCACCACCAGCUCCCGUCGCGCCCGUAUCCAAGCCUGCGUUCAGUAUGGCGCCCCCAGCGUCGACGUCCACGAUCAACUCCUCGACCCAAUUUGCCGCACCGCAGCCACAAUCAGCUACCAACAACAGCAACUUCAACGACCUGUUCAAUACCGUCACACCAGUCGCAAAAACAAACCAAUUCGCGCCUCCCCCCAUGUCCGCCCCGGCGGCCGCCUCGACAUUCUCCCAGCCACCCAAGCCCGCAGGAUACCAAGCCUCAGGACCAAACUACUUCACAUCUGUGGCUCAAACCGCGCCCCAGUCAGCCCGCUCCACGCCCUCUGUCAUGUCCCCAGGGGCAAAGAUCGGGAGCGCGGCGCCGAAGAAGGCAGGCGGUGACGCUUUUGCAGCGUUGCUCGGUGGUGUGGCGCCGAAGAAGCCGCAGACGCCGACUCAGAAGGCGACCAUGGGCGAUCUAGCGAAGCAGAAGACUAGUCAGGGUCUCUGGGGUGCUCCGGCCUCCAGCUCAAGUACGCCUACGCAGCAGACACCACAGUCGGGGAAUAAGCCGGGUGGUGCUUUGGGGGAUUUGCUUGGUUAG